GGUUUGUGUUGAGUUCAAAGCGCUUUCUCGCUCAGUCGACUGGAGGGUAGUGUGGAGACAGACAGCGGGUACUGCUCCACAGCUCCUCACAGGUCUUCCGUAGCUCCUGUUCGCACAUUUAUCUCAGAGAGCUGAUGCUUCAAUGAACUCUCGGUUUGACGCGCUGCCUUUGGAUGAAGUUGGACUUUUCUUCCUGCAGCGCAAACACAAUGUGACCAUGCUGAGGCAGUGACUGUGUUAUCCUUGUCCGUUUUAUCGGAGUAUUUCUAUCGAUCCAGGGAAAAGAGUGGGACUAAAGCAUGGGCAAACUUCAGUCAAAACAUGCGUGUAAACGCAGGGAGAACCCUGAAGGAGACAGUUUUGUUGUGAACGCCUUCCUCCGGAGAGGGAUGGAGGAAUGUGAGAGGUACAGCGCGGCGGAUCACAAGCUGAAGAGCAUGCAGGGGUUUGCAAAUGGUGAGCUGAAGGAAGGACGACUCGCAGAUCAACACUGUCCCCUAGAGGUGGUUCUUCCUCCAGAGAAAGCUGAGGGCUGUGAGAGCUAUCUGCAGUACCUGCACUCAGAGGGUGGUGAGCGAGUGAUACUCAGAGACAGGACCAAAGCUCCCGGCAAGAAACGCAUCAGUCUGGAUGUAAGGAGUUAAAUGACCUGGAAAGAAUGCAAUUCUAUGAUGUGGUUAAAUGUCCAAUAGCAGUACAACUUGCGUUUUUAAAAACAAAUAGACAAAAAAAGAAGUGGCAAAUCAAACCUCGACCGGAGGUUUAUUUUCCUGUGCAGGCUUUUUCUGAAGGGAAUUGCUUUGGGUUUUUUUUUCACAUGCUUCUCAUCUCAGAGUCGUACAGCUCCUGAUGCAAUGUACGACUUUGAGAUUGUUUGAGCUCUGUGGUGAAACAGAGGACCUUGGUGUUGUGUUUCAACAUUGGGCCUGGCUCAAGCUAAAGUGGAACAAGGGAAAACACAAAUUAAAUUAUCAAAUAGAACGCCAAACGAGUGUUGCUUCAAUUCUCAGACCUAUUUUGGGUCAGAAAAAAAGUCUCCUCUAAGCCAUCAGCCAAGAGCCAUGAGAGCUGAAAGUGUUUAAUGUUUCAGUGAGUGAUUAUUAUUGAAAUAUAGGUUAGAAAAUACACGCAUGGCACA